AUGGAUCAAACCAAAGUCCAACCCGAGGGGGGGCUGAACGUCACCCUGACCAUCCGUCUCCUCAUGCACGGGAAGGAGGUUGGGAGUAUCAUCGGUAAGAAAGGAGAAACGGUGAAGAAGAUGAGAGAGGAGAGUGGAGCUCGGAUCAACAUCUCAGAGGGAAACUGUCCAGAGAGAAUCGUCACCAUCACCGGCCCCACAGACACCAUCUUUAAAGCCUUCGCCAUGAUCGCGUACAAGUUUGAGGAGGACAUCCUAAACUCGAUGAGUAACAGCCCCGCCCCCAAACCCCCGGUGACCCUCAGGCUGGUGGUCCCGGCCAGUCAGUGCGGCUCUCUCAUUGGGAAAGGAGGGAGCAAGAUAAAAGAUAUGAGAGAGUCCACAGGUGUGCAGGUGCAGGUGGCCGGGGACAUGCUGCCAAACUCCACAGAGAGAGCGGUCACCAUCUCCGGGACUCCUGAGGCCUGCAUCCAGUGUGUCCGCCAGAUCUGCGUCGUUAUGCUAGAGUCUCCUCCUAAAGGUGCGACUAUCCCUUAUCGGCCCAAACCAGCCUCUACUCCACUCAUCUUCUCCGGGGGGCAGGCCUACACGAUCCAGGGACAGUACGCCAUACCACACCCAGACCACCUGACUAAACUGCACCAGCUGGCCCUGCAGACUCCUCCCUUUACCCCCGUGGGACAGACCACCCCCGUGUUCCCUGGUUUGGAGAGUCCGGCCAGCACCCACGAGCUCUCCAUCCCCAACGACUUGAUCGGGUGCAUAAUCGGGCGUCAGGGCUCCAAGAUAAAUGAGAUCCGUCAGAUGUCCGGGGCCCAGAUCAAAAUCGCCAACGCUCUGGAAGGUUCCACGGAGAGACAGAUCACCAUCACGGGGAGUCCGGCCAACAUCAGCCUGGCACAGUACCUCAUCAACGCAAGGCUGACGUCUGAGGUGACAGGGAUGGGCUCUAUCUGA